UCUCAAAACGUCACCACCAAAAUGGCCGACGGACCAAGCAAAACAGAUAUUCAAGCAAUUUUUAAACGAUUGCGCUCUAUUCCUACAAACAAACAAUGUUAUGACUGUAGCAGUAACAAUCCAACAUGGGCCAGCGUCACCUAUGGAGUGUUCUUGUGUAUAGACUGUUCAGCUGUUCAUCGCUCACUUGGGGUCCAUGUUACGUUCAUCAGAUCUACACAGCUUGAUACCAACUGGACAUGGUUCCAGCUGAGGGCAAUGCAAGUUGGAGGAAAUGCGAAUGCUAUGGCAUUUUUCCGGCAACAUGGUUGCACAUCAAAAGAUGCCCAGCAGAAGUACCACAGUCGUGCAGCCUCAAUGUACAAGGACAAGUUACAUUCUCUUGCCACGCAAGCUAUGAGGCUUCAUGGGACUAAGGCUGUUGUAGAUCUAAAGUUAGGUCCUGAUGGGAAGUUGCACAUAGACAGCCACACUGACCCUUCAUCCCCGGAGGUCAAGGAGGUGGACUUCUUCGCUGAGCAUGCUGACGAUGCCGAGACCCCCUUCCAGGAACCGGCACCUGCACCUAGCGAACCGGUCACGGCCGGACAGAGACUCACUCAGCCAAUGGCAAUACAGAAUGGGAACAAGGAGACGGAGCCGCUUGGGGAGGGGGAGGGGCCGAGUGUGGAACACGCUCUCAGUAUGUCCCCCACUGAAGCAAUGGCCAAGGCAGAACCCAGGAAGUCACUGAUUGGUCAGAAGAAAACAGCCAAAAAAGGGAAGGGAGGAUUUGGAGCCCAGAAGGUGAAGGCAAACUUCAAGGAUAUCGAGAACAAGGCUGAGAUGCGAGACAAGGAGCGUGAACAGAUGGCUGCCAACAUGGCCAUACAGGAGGCAAAGACAAAGGAGGAGCAGGAAAAAUCACUUGCAAGUAUGCGGUUGGCGUACCAGGACAUGAGUGUGGAGCGGAAGAAACAGGAAGACAAGAUGAAGGUUGCUGACCCUAAGAAGGCCGCCCAGAUGGAGCGACUAGGCAUGGGCUGGGGAGGAAGCAGAGGCAUCAGUCACUCAGCCAUGACAGAUAUGCAGACUAUCGAGCAAGAGGGUGGUGAUGAUGGCAAGUUCUCUGCGGACAAGUAUGAGCAACGCAGCAACAAGAACUCCUUCUUUGAGGAGGAGCUAGACUCUUACUCUGGUGGUUUCUCCUCAGGUCCCCCUAAAUAUGACAGCCCAUUCGGCUCAACAGAGAGAAAUCGUAAAAAUGAUGACUCUAGUUCCGGCUGGGGGUCGUCCAGUGGUGGAAGUGGCUGGGGUAUGGACAGAUUCGACAGCAAGCAGGAAUCCCACUCUGAGUCUAUAACCUCAAAGCCAAAGGAAAACAGCGCUAGGGAAGGCAGUUGGUCAAAUGUUGAUGAUGGCGAUCAGUAUGGACCAGCACGGACGCGGAAGAACUAUGAUGCUGGGCCCAGCACAGACGAUGCCCAGAAGAAAUUUGGCAAUGCUAAAUCUAUCUCAUCAGACCAGUUUUUCAACAAAAAUGAAAUGGAUAUUGAGACUCGACAAAAUCUUUCCAAGUUUGAAGGCUCUAGCGGUAUAUCAAGCGCAGACUUGUUCGGAGGUGAUGAUAAAUCCCGGUCGUCUCGUCAAUCAUACGGGAGUGGCACUGAUUUCCAGGACAUGAAAGAUAGCGUGAAACAGGGAGUGAAUAAAGUGGCUGGACGGUUGUCAAAUAUCGCCAGUGGUGUCAUGAGCUCACUACAGAGAAAUAAGUAGUCCCAUGUACCUAAAACAUGUAACAAUCAACCUUUGACCAGGAUAAAUAUGGCUCCUAGGAUCAUCAAAUGCAACACUUGAAGUAUAAAACACAUCAGAACAUCUGACUUUGACCUGUAGAAACCUUCAGCAUAUGUGACACUCAUGUAAUAUUUCUGACAAAAUGACAAGCUUUGGAAAAAGGCUUAAAAGACCAAUACGUGUAAUGAAAAUAUCUUUUACUGAAAUUAGGAAAACAGUUUUGGAUGUCAUUUGUGAAGGUCAUUAGGUUGAAACAGGAAGUAGCUCUCCCUUUUGAAGGUUCAAGAAGGGAGGCAACUGUUAUUGUAAAGUGGGAGUUAUAAACAGCGUAUCAAGUGCAAAGUUCAUUAUUUUUCCACAGCAAAUAGAGACAAAUAAUCAUAUGAAAUAGAGGUUAAUAGUGCUGAUGAAAAAUUGUAUGGACUUCUUUGUUUGUUUGAUAGCAAAUAUGUAAAAUAUUGUUCUGUUUGUUUAUUUAAUAUGAAAUAUAGUGUGAUUUGAGUUUUGAUGUGCGAGUGAACUUGGUACAUUUGAUGAGUAAGAAUUAUAAAGGUAAUAAAAUAGCUCAUAUUGUUUUCAUUGAGUGCUUGUAAUAAUGUUAUAAAAGUUCCAGACUGAUCUUAAAUUAUCCUUUCAUUGCAACAGUUCUGGUGGCACUGGAAUCUCGUAAAUUUCCAUUUGUUUUGGCUAUUAAAUGUGGCUUUCAUUUAAGGCUUCUCAAAAAAAACAGUGCGUCAUGCUUACCAUAUAACUUUUAAAAUAAAUAUAUUUGAAUUUCACGCUACUCAUGUCACUCUGCAAGAGGGAAAUAUCAUUAUUUCAUUCUUCAUUAAUUGAACAGGUGAUAGUAAAAAAAAUGGGAGCCUAGUUUUCUUAUUGUAAGUUUGGAGCAGAAUUGUACAUUAUGCCAUUUAGAUGCAAGAUACGUUUUGCAAUAUUGAACUGUACCCCAGCUGUUUUUUUUGCAUUUAUUAACUGUCAACUUGGUAUUGGUUUUCUUUUGCAUGACUGUACAAAUGCAAGCUAUUUCUAUUAUAGUUUUAAUCAUUAUGAACCUUAGUAUAAGAUAGUUUUGUUGCCUACAAAUCUGACUCAAGAAAAGAACUUUCCAAACAUGCUAAAAGGUGGUAUUAUUUACUGGUUACUGAAAAAAUACACUAGUUCUAGCUUUAAGUAUAGCAUUGAUGAUGAACUAUUUUUGGCGAGUGCUUGAACAUAUGGUUUAUCAGUAGCAUUGACAUUGUUAUUCAAAUUAUUUAUCAUAUAAUUAUGUCUUGAUACAUGUAUACAUGUAUAUUUGGUUGUUGUCCUAACUAUUUUACUUCAUCAAUUCUAAUGUUAAACAUACAGAAAAAAUCUUUAAAAAAUAAAAAUUCCAAAAACA